CCUGCGACCACUGGCGCUAAGUUUUUCAAAAUUCGGUCGACGUGCCGUAUUUUUAAUUAUAUAGACGCUUUGGAUUGUUAAAAAUACUUUUCUGUUGUUUGAAUGAAGCAAUUGAAGCCUGUUUUAAAUUUUUGUAUCAUUAUCAACCUAGCGAAUAAACAAUUGCACAUAAUGUCUAACCAGCUAUGUUAACUAUUACAUUUUACAGUUUUGUGUGAUGUAGAAUUUAUUUUCCUUUCACACAAUAGUAAAAAAAAACAUGAAACCAGAGUGUAUUAAGUUUUUGUUGGAUUGUUAUUUGUAUGAUCAAAGUAACUACAGUGGUUUUGAAGAAGUUGAUGGGUUUGCUCAAAAGACAGAUGAAAAUGCACAUAUUUCAAAAUUUUUUGAUUUGGAACCCCAACAACCACAUUCUGGUUCAUCAAUGGUUAUCCAAACUGCUAAUUUAAGUCCUGAACAAGAACUAGUGAUUAAGCAAAUUGCAAAUCAAAUGAAAAACUUUUCAUCCAUCUUUGAAAAAAAGAGACAAACUGAAAAACACGGAAAUUUCCUACAGUUCAAAGAAGGAACUGUAUUUGUUCCAAUCAGUCAAGGCAAAGUGACAAUCUGUGUAUCUCAAGAAGGAGACUGCAGUGACAGAGCGCAAGUUCAUUGGAAAACUUCUGAUGGAACUGCUAAAUCGGGUUUUAAUUUUAUUUCCAAUGAAGGAGAGCUUUUUUUUUCUGAAGGUGAAAAACAGAAAACUGUGGAAGUAAAACUGUUAAAUCUGGAAGAAGAUGCAGAAUCGCAUUUUUCUGUAGAGUUGUUUAAUUCAAGUGGCAUUACAAUUGGACCAAUAAGUAAACUGACCGUGUUUAUUACAAAUAACCAAUUUGAUUCUGAUGAAAAAGAAACUGUUGAAGACAUUCUUCGCCAAGGAACAAAUGUUUCUUUUGUGGAUGUGAUUAGUACCUUGAAGCACUGUGUAACACCACGCACUUUUCAAACAGCAUUACAAUUUUUAUGCGGGAGUACAGACUCUAUUCCCAUUCAGUUGACAUUUGCUUGUGAGCUUGCUAAAAUUGCACUCUCAAAAACUUCAAAAGAAUCCGUCUAUAAUGUUGUCUCCAACUUUUUUCGGGACUUACCUGAAGCUGAAGAAGUUGCUCAAGCCUUUUUCUGAUUUUGCAGAAUGUGUAUAUGAGACAGAGCAAUAAUAUGAUAAACUUCACUCACAUUUGAUCACAUAUAAAUGCUAUUUAUCCUUGUUACUUAAUAAUUGUUACUUAAAUGCAAUGUUAAAAAAUAUUCUAUUUUUAUUGUUCAGUAUAAUUAGCUGAAGUAAUGAAUUUUUUAUUAUUAUUUUUGUA